GGCAGCCGCAGCCCCGCACCGGCCCCGGGGCCGCCGGCGCCGCGCAGCUCGCCCGGAGCCCCCCCUCGGAGCCGGCGGAGGUGAGCGGGUGGCUGCGGGGGGGGAAGGUGUGGGGGGGUCCCUGUGGCUUUAUAGGGUUUUGGGGGUCUCCCACGCUUUGCGGUUUUUUGAUGUUUGCUUUUUGGUGGGUUUUUUUUUGGGGGGGGGGGUGAGGGGGGAGCACAGUACUUUGCAUUCUUGAGUCGGGGGGGAUACCACUUUGCAUCCUUGCAUGGGGAGGGGGAGUAUCGCCACCGCUUUGGAUCCCUGUGCUCCCCCCCCCAACCGUAUCCAUGCAUAGGGGGGCUGGACGCUGUGCAUCCUUGCCUGGGGAGGGGUCCCCUGUCACUUUGCCGAUUUUCACGGUGGAGGGAGAGCCGCACGCCGCAGCUCUGGUGGAGGUUUCUGCCCAUGCACGGGGUGGGGGUGUCAGGCUGCCUGCACCUCCCAUCGGGAAGGAGCCCCAGAGCACUCAGCAUGGGGGGGGUCGAGGUCUCUCUGCAUCCGCACAUGGAGUGUGUGUGGGGGGGGGGGGUUAGGCCUUUUUGCACACUGCACGGCCGCGGGGGUGCUGUCACUUUGCAUUUCUGCAUGGAGAGGGAACCUGUGCGCUUUGCACCCUUGCGCGGCAGGGAGGGGCCAUCACUUUACAUCCCUGCUGCAAGGCUCUACCAGUGCUUUCUAUUUGCACAUGGGGGGGGGGGGGGGGGGGGGGCUCCACUGCUUGACAGGAUUGCUGGGGCCGGUGGCUGCCCGCACGCGCCCCCCUGCAGCUCAGAGCCCCCCCAGCACGCAGGCAUGCACGUGCAGAGCCUGGGCCUGGUGCUCCGUGAUUCAGCGACUUGCAGAGCUUUCAUAGCAGCUCUGAUCACUCGAGGUCUUGCUGCCGCCGUGCUGAAAUCCCAAUGGGUGUGGAGCCACGGCCGUUUUCGGUGCAAUUUGGGGUUGCUUGUCUACGGCUGCCAGGUGCCCGGCAACCCAAGCGGGGGAGUGCAGCACCUGGAUGGAUGGGUCAGCAGUGGGAUGAAUUCAUCAUUCAUCCUCCAAACUUCAGCGUGCCUAAGCAUAGCCCUAGUUUCUAUGUCUCAUUUUCUGCGUUUUAGAGGGGAAUGCUAAGGGAAAAAAAGGAAGGGAAAAAAGGUGCUUAGAUGGCAUUUGGCAUUCCUGCAUCUCUUGAGCAUCCCCGGCGGCAGGGAGCAGCUCCAUGGCAGGGAGAAGCGGCUCCGUGCGGCAGUAAGGAGGUUAACGUGCUGUGCUGCUCAGCUACGAGCGCAGGGCACGCCGAGGGCUCUUACGCAGUGAUGCAACCAAGUCCCCAAAUGCCCGCUGCCUUCCCUGGGAUCUGCAGCCCACAGAGAAACCUUGAGGUGAAGCUGACUUGCUCGGAGCUGCUGUCUGCUUCGGCCCCAUGCUCAACCAAGGAUGCUCGUCCUCCAUUUUCUGGUAGAUGACAAAUCAGCUGUGCAUGCCAAGAUCUUGACAAGUUCCGAGCAACAGCCCUCAAGCCAAAAGGAAAAAGAGAAAAGAAAAACAAAAAACAAAGAGGCCAGCAUGCUUUUGCAGAGCUGCCUGUCACUGUUGCAGGGAAACGCGUCUCUGCUGGCUGUUCCCAAGCUGCGAGUGCCCAGGAAGAGCCCUGCUGCUCUCCCGGGCUGCCCCGUGCUGAUCAAAGCGCUUCUGUGGUGCAGAGAAUGGGGGUUUGUUCGGCUGCGUCCUGCUGCACUGCUGGCGGGACACGGCCGGCCUGCUGGUAAUGAGCAGGGCAUAGAGAGGGGAUGGCAUUGAAGGCUUCCUUUGGUGAUAGAGAGUCAUUAAGAACAGCACGUGGUUCCUUUCCAAGCAGGCUUCUUUCAGCCAAAGCGUGCACAGGAUUGCUGCUGCUCCCUGCCCUGUUCCUGGCUCUCCCCUAUCUCUUCGCUGCAAGGGUAUCCAUGCAUUAUUUUGGGUUGGAUCCAGAAAAUCCACACCAGCUAAUCCCUAAAGAAAAUAGCUGCACAGAAACCCACCUGCCAGUUGACGGAGCUGUAUGUAUAGUUCAUGCAGGAGCCUGUUUGCUGUUGAGCAACAGGGUUGGCUUUCCCCUGAUCUCAAGGCAGGAGGCACUGCACAUCCAGCAUCCCCCUAAAGAGCUUUUUGGCCACUGCAAAGCCCAGAUCUGAGAGGUGCUUGCAAGUUGGAGGCAAUUGAGCCAAGUGCUGUUUCUGGAGCUGGAGAGCUUUGCAGCAGAAGGGAAAAAAAAAAAUAGCGUGGCAUUUACUAACACAACUCUUAGGGAAUAUUUUUAGCCGUGUUGUGUUGCGCUUCGCAGCUCGGCGCGGUGGCGGAGCCUCUCUCCUGCAGCUCAGUGGAGGCAGAGCCGCUGCAGUUGGCGCAGCGCAGGCGGAGGCUGCAGAUGGGCCGCAGGGAAGGUGCGGGCAGUGCUCCCGCUGGGACGGAGGUGCUGGCCCUGGGCAUGGGCAGCUCCAGCUCCAGCCCCAGCAGGGCAGCCCAGCCCUGUCCCCAGGCAGGCGGCCGCAGCUUGUGCUCCUCUUGGCUGUGGGCGCUGACCCUUCCCCUGGCUGUCCAGCAGGACCUCAGCCACGUGCAUGGGAGUGAGCUCAUUCCAACACAUGGGGAUGGCUGCUGUUCAGCGCUGCUGGGCAAGUGUUCCUCACUGCUGAGACCUUGCAGCUCGCUGUGCUGUGAGCCUCCAUCCUCCCUGCGCUGAUGGAUCAGUGACCCAGGAGCAGCUUCCUGGGAUUUGCUCUCUGGUGUGUUUUGAGGGAGGGGGAUGCUGGAGCCAGUUGCCGAGCAUUCAGUGAGCCUUUGGACAAGAGCUCAGCAGUGCUAUCAGCUCCAUGUAAAGCGACGUUGCCUGUCGGGCUGGUAGCAUUCGCAGUCACUACAAUGAUCAGCAGAGUAACAAGCGGUCACAGAUGCAUUUCCUAAAGACAAGCAAUGUGUCUUGGUGGUGAGGGAGCACUCCAUUUUGUGUGCAGCACGGCACUGGCUGCAGGGCCGGCUCUGGCAAGCAGGUUCUCUGCGCUGCACCCCAACCAAGCAGCCGUCUCACCACCUGCCUGAUCUCACUCUCUCAUUAUGUGUUUGCAAACCUCCUUGUCUCUGUUCAAGCACUGUAGAUUUGCCAUACGCUGCUCCCUUUGCUUUUCUCCUUGCUCGACUGCUGGUGCCUGGCCAGGGCUCCCGCUGGGUUACACAGUCCCACUGCUGGCAGCGCCCGGGCAGUGCAGUUGGGUGAGAUCUGAUCACAGGGGCUAAACAGACAGACAGAAACACAGACAGACCCCAAACCAAGCUCAGCACAGGGGCACAGCACUGAGCUCUGUGAGAACUUGGCGUAGCUGGGGUCAUGGCACACCCACUCCAUCGCUUCCUAAAUCUGUGCUCUCAUCUCACACAAUAUGAAGUCAGGAUCUAGUGCUCACCAAACUGCCUCAUUGCCACCUGGAAGGCACUGAAAAUCACCUGGAGCACGCUGUCAUCCAGCUUAUCCCCUCCUGCAGGGCCACCUGUACAGUUCAUAGGGGUGGCUCAGAGGGGACACCAAGGAGCCACCAGCUGAAGUGCCUUUGCCACAUUGAGCCUGGAGGGCAAUACCAAGCUUCACUAACCUCCUGUCCCAGGAUGGGCCCUAGGUGAGGCUGCUGGGGGUCAUGAUGAUCUGUCAAUGCCUGCCUAAACAUGGCAGUCUGGUGCUUUAAGGCCUGCAGCUGCCCAAGGUCAGCCUUACCUGGGUGCCAUCAGUGACCACUGUCAGUGCCUCCAGACCCCGUGCAUCAGGAAGCCAGCACCCACGGGGCAGCAUCCCGUGCUGAGAACCGCUCUGCACCUCCUCUUUCCCAUGGUGGGCACAAGCAGCUCAUUAAGAGCUUCCUCUCGCUUUGGGAAGUGCUGGAGGGGAUGAACGCGGGAGGCAGAAUAGUAUCUGCUUUGUGCUACUGGGAGCACAAUCAGCCUUUCUGGGAGCUCAGUCCUAAAAAUUUAGAUACAAGUUUUGUGCUGUUUUGUCAAGAGUUUGCAUUUGCAUUAGAAAACUCCCACCGAGCUGGGGUGCGGGUGGGGGGCUGGGGAGCCUGGUGGGUGCUAUCAAUGGGAAUCUGUUCUGCCCAGCACUGUCAGGGCCAAAAAAUGCGAGCUGUGCACAUUUCUGGCUCUUGUUGUAGUCGGCAUUCCUGUUGCUUUAUGGGUAUGCCCAGCUCUUAGCAUCCCAUCCAUACUCCCCCUCCCUCCCUGUGGCUUGCCGGUCCUGCAGACAGUGAGCCGCCCUGGCUCUGGAGGCACACAGGGAUGCUGCGGAGAGCAGGGCAGGACACGGUAGCCUGCAUUGGAGCUGUGUGUGUGUGCACAAAUAAAUCCCAGAGAGCUCUGCAGUCAGCUGGAAAUAAUGGAAUUACAGGCGCUCGCUCACUCCCGUUUGGGUCGGGGGAGGUGUUUUGGGGCCGGCCGAAGGGUUGCAUUGCACGGGGUUUGCUGCUGGUUUGAGCCACACUCUGUCAUCGCCAUCUCCCAGAUGGGUCCCCUGAGAGAAAGAAGAGUGGAAAUGCAAAUGGAAAAGGCUGUUUUGGGUUGUUUCUCCCUCUUUCUUCCUCGUCCAGGAGAGUGUGAGCGCCCACCGGCAGCAUGCCGCUGGUGAAGAGGAACAUCGAGCCCCGGCACCUGUGCCGGGGGGCCCUACCCGAGGGGGUGACGAGUGAGCUGGAAUGUGUCACCAACAGCACGCUGGCUGCCAUCAUCAAGCAGCUGGGCAGCCUCAGCCGGCACGCUGAGGACAUCUUUGGGGAGCUGUUCAACGAGGCCAACAGCUUCUACAUGAGGAUGAACUCGCUGCAGGAGAGAGUGGACCUGCUGGUCAUCAAGGUGACGCAGCUGGACUCCACCGUGGAGGAAGUUUCCCUGCAGGAUAUCAACAUGAGGAAGGCUUUCAAGAGCUCCACGGUGCAGAACCAACAGGUUGUGUCCCGCAACUCCAUCCCCAACCCGGUGAUGGAGAUGUACCAGCGCUGCGACAAGCCCCCACCGCUCAACAUCCUCACGCCAUACAGGGAUGACAAGAAAGAUGGCCUCAAAUUCUACACCGACCCCUCCUAUUUCUUCAACUUGUGGAAGGAGAAGAUGCUGCAGGCGACAGAGGACAAGAGGAAGGAGAAACGCAGGCAGAAGGAGCAGCGGCUGGUGGAGGACUCCACUCGGGAGGUGAAGAAAGUGCGGAAAGCCCGCAACCGGCGCCUGGAGUGGAACAUGAUGGCAUACGAUAAAGAGUUCCGACCCGAUAACAGGUUCUCACCAUCCCCAUAUCACAUGGCAUCAUCGGAAGGAUCACUGUCCCCAGAUAAUAGAUCCUACACCUCGGAUGCUGCUGAGCACUCGUACCCGGCAAGCCCCAACCACCCGGCACAGCUGCUGGCCCCCACGGCCCACCUGCCUGCAGAGCACAAGGAGGGGGUGCUGCCAGCGGUCCCCCCUCCAGAACACGGCUACCGACCACCAGCGAGCAGCCGGCAGAACAGCCUCAACCGCGCCCAACAGCCCCACGCACCGCAGCCCCCCGAGGCCGUGCUGAACGGGCCCAGACCGCACUUGGUCAAGGAUUUCGGACCACAGCCGCUACCGAUGACGGAGUACUUCGUGCCGCCGGCCCCGCCGCCCCCGCCGCCUGUCAUCCCCUCCGCGCAGACUGCCUUCGACAGCCCCAUGGCGGCCCCCACAGCGCUGCCCCCCGGCGCGGCCGCCCCCGCCGCCCACCCGUCCUACGCGCCCUCGCCGCCCCCUGCACCGCCCGGCCCCUACUCCGCUUCCCCGCCUCAGGCCGGCCCCAUGGGGCCACCCGUGGCCCCGCCACCACCUCCACCGGGGCCCCCCGCUCUCACCACCUCGCCAGCUCACUCAGCCUCACCGCCGGCCCCCGCCGCCGAGUCCCGGAAACCGCCGAUCCCACUGAUGCCUAUGAGCGAUGCCCGGAGCGACCUGCUCGCAGCCAUCCGCAGGGGCAUUCAACUUCGCAAAGUCCAGGAGCAGUGGGAGCAAGAGGCCAAGAAAGAGCCCGUGGGCAAUGACGUGGCGACCAUCCUGUCCCGCCGGAUCGCGGUGGAGUACAGCGAGUCGGACGACGACUCCGAGCUGGAUGAUAACGAGUGGUCGGACUGAGGGGCCGUGCCGGGGGCUCCCCUGCAGCAGGUGCGUACGGCACGUCCCCCAAACCUGGAUGCCAACAACCGCGAUCAGCCCCGCUAAUUCAGGAGCUUUGCUUUCACACCAUGUUGAAAACCAUUCGGGCAGCGCUGGAGGCUGUGCACGGGUAGGAGGCACCUUUGAGGCAGUGAGGCCAGGAAUUAGCAGCACCUCCACGCUUAACGAUGCUGAAAAUGCUCUGGCUGGGUGAAUAGGAGUGCUCCACAACCAGACCCUGGCUUUAGUGGAGAAACGAAACCAGGAGGCAGGAGAGCUUUUGCAGCUAGAUGUUAAACGUGUAGUGGGGAGCUCUGGGAGGAAACUGAAGUGUUUGUGACCCUUGAGCCCACCCCCAUCCUCGGGACAGAUUUCUGGGAGAUAAGCACGAUGGCAAGGCUCAUGCAGCUGGCAGGGAACCGGCGUAUGUAGUGCAAUGUAUCCUGAGGGCAAGGGAUGGGGAGCAGUGUCCCAAAGCCCCGCUAUCCUUGGCCAUAGUGCUGAACUAUUAUAGUAUUAUUUGAAAAAAAAUAUAGUUAGAAAAAAAAAUGCUGCUCUUAGGUAAACCCAAACCACUGAAACUGAGGGUGAGGUUUGGGCUCACUCUCUUGAUUUGCACUUUGUAUCCCCACGAACCCCACUGGUACAGUUGAGAUCAACUCCGUCCCAGGGCACUGUCCUGGGGCUGCCCUGUCCCUUGUCCCCAAAGCACAGUGCAGGUGGGGAGAGCAGGAACGGGGCCCCCACCACUGUGCCAAAAAUACCAGUUUGCUCACCAAAAUAGAGCAUGAUUCAUAGCAGCCUUUUCACGCAGCUAUUAAAGGAGGAUUCGCGGGAGGACAGAGCAAAUGGGUGUGAAAUACUGAAAACAUCCCAGUCAGAGGUACAGCUCUGCAGAACUGCAAGAGGCUUCCAACCAGCAGUGUAUGGGCCAGGACCAACGUGGGCCCAUCCAACACGGCCACGUGGCCCUCUCUUUUAUUCCCAUACACCGUGAGCCCCAAAUGAGGGAAAAACCUGAGACCCACUCAUGACAUCUCCUUCUGGGGAGAAGUCAGACUUAGUGCCCACCUUCCCCAGCUGCCAGGUGGGCAUCAGAGCUAAAAGCUACACAGGGAGUACUCUGAGUUCCUGGAAGCAAAGAGACCUGUAAAGCUGGUGGGAGGGCUGGCUGUGACCCCAAAGGCUCAUAGGGGCUGAUGCUUAAAUCCACCCUGAGAACUGCUGAUGUCAAAGGAUGCCCUGAGCAUCUGCUUAUUUCUCCCUGAAGAGAAACACCUCAUGGUGGGACAUGAUGACCAUAAGCCCCAGCCUAUCUGCUAAGAAGUGUCAUCAUAAGCUCUUGCUGGCGCUGAGUAACACAAAAUAGCCUCUGUCUCUUGGAUGUGACAUAUCCCAUUUCUCUGCAUCUCAGUGACUCCUUCCAAUGGGACUGGAGCAGCCCCUUUCCUCCCACCACUGCCCCACAAGCAUCACUGUGGUGCUGAGAAGGAUUUGGACUGGGUUCAGGACAAGACCAGAGUGGGUGGGGAAGGAUUUCAGGUGGGAAGUGAAAUCUGUUAGUACUGGUGAUGGUUCUGCACCCUUCUCUGCCCUGCUGUGGUCCAUAGCCCCAUGUUUGGUCCCCCCUCUCCUUCAAGGAAGCUCUCUUUGACUUUACCACUACUGAAGGAGCUACACAGAAAGUCCUUGGGCUGUUGGCCCCAUCCUGGUGACUCCACCAGGUUGGGAGCCACCUUCAUGCCCGCAAUGGGAUUUCCCUGUCAGGAAGGCUGGGAUGUGACAUGUAACAAUUCUGAAGAAGAUCUUGUAUAAAAAAAAUCGAAGUAACAUUUAGGCAGUCACCUGUCAGUACUUAUUGAGGAACACUGUUAACAUAGAUGCACUUGUGAUACUGCUCAUAUGUGAAAAGAAAUUGGUUAUUUGGUAAUUUAGAAAGAGUGACGGCCUCACAUGAGAAGCUGCCAUUCCUGUCAAGGUGUUCAUGAUGGGGCUGUAGGGUCAGCUGUGGGGCUGAUGUGUGCUGCAGCAGAGCCAGGGCACCCCACCAGUGAGUGGAGAUGGGGAAGGGGCUCAGGGACACAUGGGGAUGGCUCAGCCUUUGGGUCAGUGGCUGCCCCCAUGGUGGGAAGUGGGGCCCAGUGCCCCUGCAAGGCUGGGUCUCUUCUUCCCAUGCUUUGUUUGUGCUUUGCCACAUGAAAGCAUGCAGUGACUCUGGUAGGUCUUGCUGCGGUUGCACAUGAUGGGUGAGGGUGACCCCAGCAGGCUCGUGUUUUCAUCAUCUCAUGGUGACCCCAUAGUGACUUUAGGUUGGCAGCCAUCAGCCCGUGCUGUUAUCAGGGUCAAUGCCAUUGUGUGGCAAAGCACUUGACAAUCACACACUCAACCUUGCUUACCCUGCACAUCUGUCACAUUGGCAGAGGAGCCAGGGACCUCGUGGCAGGGAGCAGGUCUUGCCCCCAUUUCCCUGCACCUUCAUGUCCCUACACCAUCCUCACCAUUGUCACCUCACCCCCAAGGGAUUCCAGUCCCUUCCACAUCCCCAACUCCAAAGCAAGGCAGCAGGACCGCAAGCCUCCCAGCAACGCUGUUGUUAGAAGGCAUCACAGCCCAGCUCUUCUAAGGGCUGAGUCUGCCUUGGCUGCUCUGGAGCUGUCCUGAUAGGACAGAUGGGCUGAUCCACAGGUAGCCUCCCAGUGAGGUGCUGUGUUAGAGCUCUCUGCUCAGGUUUCUUAUGUAGUCAGUAAACAAGUAACCUGUAUAGUCAGCGAGGGCUGUGGGCACCUAUUUCUGGUCUGAUUGCAGUGCCCCUCAUGCUCCCCAGCUCUCUCCUGGCAGCAUCACAAGGCAGAUGGGCAGCACCUGAUGGCACCAAGAUCCCCGGUAUCAUUCAGCAGCCACUCCUGCAAGGUCAGCUCUGCUGGCAGAGCAAUAUCCUCAAUGCCUUUGCUUGAGGGUCUCAGCCACCUCUGAGGUGGACAGUCUUUAUUCCAGGCGUACGCCAAUAUUUUUUGACCUGGUCACCUCUGAAAUCCAGCACAAGCUCUUUGGUGGGUCUGGGCCAGGCUAGCGCUGCAGGAGUUGGUUGUGCCGGACUAAUUAAUGCUGGCUGGCUGACCCAUAUGCUGCACACUCAGUAUUUUGCACAUAUGUGCCUAUUUCUGUAUACACCAAAAGUAGGCCACCCUGCAUUAUACAACCUGAAAUGCUCAAGUCCCCAUGUGGGCUGAUAUAAAAGUGAAUAUUUAAAUAUUUUAUCUAGCUUGGCAGCCAUUAAAAAUACAAUCCAGGUCACAGAUGAUUGAAUUCCUCCUGUCUCUCAAGUGUACCAAAAGUGGGUAGGGGAGAUUCCCCUGCAUAUUUAGGUAUCAUGUUCCAUGUUAAAACAUAGCAGUGGCAUAUCAUUGCCAACAGAUAAUCACAGAGUGCCAAACAUUUAAUGAGCCCAACCGGUCUCCUGAGGUUCCCCUUGCCAUUUUAUCUGCCUUCUCCUCCUUGCCAAUUUAUGGGCAUAGAUUAAAAAUAAUAAACAAAAUAUUGCCAGCAGGGGGAAGCAUACUCUGUGUGCGUACGAAUGAACUAGGCUUGAGUCAUCCAAAGAGAGAAUAAGCUGGUUUGACUCAGCUCAGAGAUGUAACGGGAGGCUCUAGUGCCUGAGGCCCAUCAGGAACCUCUUGGGUAUCACCAGUUGACCUGGAAAGGGACAUUAGGAGAGCGCUGUGCUCAUGGGCUCUGCAGGCUGGUCUGGCUGAUGUCUGGUGAAGGUUAUGGAAGUCAGGCAGCGUUCACAAUCCAGCCUUGCACCCAGCUUCUCCUCAGUCUUGGAGGAGCCUUGGACCUGGUAGCUGAUUCUGGCAGCUUUUAGAGGAUCAGUGUCCUGAAGGAAUAAAAAGGCAUUGGGUGGCUUCUGGUUCUCCACCCUAGGCAGACACCUAGGAGGGAAUGAACAUCACAUCCUGCAAGGGCCCCUUCACUGACAGUAAUUUCAUCCCAGGAAGGCUCUGAUCUGGUGGGAAGCGUAAGGCUGAACACAGCUUCUCCAAGGAGCUCUCUCCAUAUAAGAGGCUUCAAAUUCCCUCCUUGCAACUUUGUCAUCGGUACCUCCUUUUCAAGAUGCACGCAAGCUUGGGAGACCCUCCUGGGAACAGAACCUGAAUCAACACCUUCCCUGUAAUGGCCAAGGGAAGCCCCACAUGGAGGGAGACAGGUUGCAGCUCUGGAGGUCCUCGUUUGGAGGGUGCUUCCUCAAAGCACCAUGCCACGGCCCUGAGGAUGGAGCACAAAGGGCCAUGGGAAGCUCUCCCCAUCUGCUCCCACCGUGCUGGCACAGGAAGCAUAGACUGUCCUUCUCACCACCCCCUGAUGUUCUAUAGUAGUUGUUGUUAUUUAGGGUUAAGAGUUUCUAGGCUGGCACAUCACUUCACAGAAAAAAAAUAAAAGGACAAGGGCUCUGUCCUGAGGAGCUUACAGUUUACAGUAAAGACCAUAUGACCUGCACUGCACUUUAGAAGCCACAAACGCUCACUCACUCACAUACCCAUGAAUUUACCCUCCUGACCGGGCAGCAGCACCUCAGGGACCACUGUCCCUUCCCCAGGUGACCCCACAACCAGCACCACAACUGCACCCCCCUGCUGAUAGCAGGGCUCUCUGUCCCUCCACCAUCCCCAUGCAGAAGUGCCUGAGCAAAGCAUGGGAGCAGCAAGAUAUGCUGAUCUUGCCUUCAUAGGGGUGGCCAUCCCCAGGCCCCUGUUCCAUAUGGAGCUAUGCCCCUCUGGAAUGACCAUGCACAUGGUAGGAAAUGCACCCAGCAGCGCUGGCAUGGCUACAUGUUGGCACUUAGAGCUGCCCAUGCAAUUCAUGUGAUGCCCCCAAGCUCAUAGAUGUCCUCCAGGCAUUUUUACUUAACCCUAUACUUUAAAACACUUCAAUCUUUGAGAGCCAGAAGGGUUUUCCCCUUGUCUCCUUUGUGUGUGUGUGUGUAUACGUGCUUGUGAAUCUAAGCUUUUAACAAACCUCAACUUUUCUAGACUCACUCAUGCAGGCUUUACUUCCUCCAGGUGAGAAUCACACAUGGAUUUUGCUGAGAAGGGGGAGAAGUGUCAUAGGAUUCAGUGGAUGUUUGUCUGAAAGCCUUCAGUACCACACUCACAGACAGGUUAGGAGAGGCAAUGGGAUGGGCCCAAAGCAGGGUUCCCCUUGCUGGGGACCAUCGCUUGCAGAUGGGACAUGCCUGGCUGUGGCAUCCCUUGCAGGCAAUGUUGGUGUAACAUCAGUUGUAGUCUCUGUCCAUGCUGAUACAGGGUCCCGAGGCCACUGACAGCUUCAUAACACUACGUGAUAGUAGGUUAUGGAUCUUUCACCUUCCCCUUCCCACCUCUCUCCUGAGAAGUAUUGUCUCACAGAUGCCACCCAUCAGUCCCUCUAUAGUCUUUUGCAUUUAGCAAGAGCAUGCUUAUAUCUGUUGCUGGCAUUCUGUUUGGGGUUGUGAACCCACGUGUUGGUGAAGCAAGCCUUCCCCUGCACUCCUUUCCUGUGGUGAGAAGGUCAAGGGUCUGGAGUGUUCCCAGGGAUAUCCAGCUUGAUAGCAACUCCAGCACUGAGCAUGUAAGAAGUACUAAGAAGUCAGAGGAAAGAAAAUAGAAAGAAAACACUCCGUCAUCUUAGCUUGGUCAUGCUCCCACCACUCUGUACGAGAAUACCCUUAGAUAGGCAAAACCCACUGCAAAGUAAUAAAGAUAUCUAAAAAUAAACAAAUUUAAACCUCAGAAAAACAAAGCAAAGAAAAAACUUACAUGGCUGCCAGGGGAAAAAGAUAAAUCAGCCCAGUGCUGUCCAUCAGCUGGCCACCCAUCUGCUGUCACCAAGCCACCUCCAAAAACUGGUUACAUGAAACUCAUUCAUCAGCACAAAAGAAACAGUCCACCAAACCACAGCUCAGCAAGGAGAUGGGUGUCUACUAAGGUAGGAAGUGCUUUUAUCCCUGAAGGCCCCAGAUCAGCUCAGCUGCUUCAAAUCCCACUGAUUUCACCCACUGUCAGUGCUUGCUAAUGCCUGAUGCCUGUGCUGGGAACAGUUACCUGACUAAAGGCCACUUGUCAUGGAAAAUAUAAGCAUAGCACUCUUGAGAUGGAAGUGAAGUGGACUUUGAGCCCAGUGAAGUCACUGUGAUGCACACUGGGGAGCUGCUGGCUCUGUUAAGGGCACUCUGAGGCUGGAGGAGAGGUGCUACUGCUGGUUCCCAAAUCUCAUCCCGCUAUGAGUGUUCGUUGUGGGUCCACCACCAAAGUUGUUUUGUGCUGAGGGGUUUCAGGUCUACAUCUGGCUGUGGCCGGUUUCCCACACACAGAGCCUCUCUUUGUGGUGCCUUUCAUCUCAGAACACUCAGAAUUGGAACAGAUUAGAACAAAGAAAGGAAAACUCAUACCGAAGAUAAACCUUUUGCUCUGAAAUGCAGUGUUAGGAGUGUUUUGGGGCUGGUGGCUCCCCAUUUUCCUUCACUCUGGGGACUUGCCAAGGGUGAAGCAGAACAUCUCCUGUGUGGCUUUGGGCAGUUGGUGCAGUGUUAUCACUGACACAAGUGCCUUGUCUGGGGAUCUCCCACAUGUUUGCGUGGAGCACCCAGGGGUUGGAGCAGCGGCGAUGGACAUCCAGCGAUCAGAGCGCCCAUCCCCAGCCAAGGGGAGGGACAGGGCAUCUCUAAGCAUUUGUGUUUCUGAUGCUCAGCCUCCCCACGCCCAGGUGACCUGCCCAAGCCAUGAGCUGUCCACCAGGAUUCCACCUUCCCUGCAUGUGGGGUUUUACCCCAGGGCAGCCUUGGCAUCAGUUUUCACUCUGAUCUUGGCCAACCUAAGGGAAACACACUCUGGCAGGCAUACAGGUGCACACAUUGCACCUUUGGAAGGGAACAGUUUCCAGAAGGGCACAGUGGGGCUGCGGGGAGGGCAAAACCCCAUCCUUGCUUAGCUGCGAGACAUGCUUGUGCUGGUGGCUUUUCUUCAGGUUGUAUACAGGUGGAGUCAUUCUCUUCCUCUUCUUCCUCCACCUCCUUCUCCUCUUUCUCCUCCUCCUCCCAACCUGCUGGACAGGUGCAGGGCAGGGUGUCCUUGGGGAAGGAGCAGUGGCUCCUGCAAAAGGCUCGGGUUUUACUACUAGCAGACUUAUUACCCACGUUCCUUUCAAUUUUCCACUUGGUGGAAGCAGCCGACAGGAGAUGGGCACCUCUCCCUAAGGAGGGUCAGGCAGUGCAGGGUAUAACCCAAUUUCCAUUAUUAUAUAGUUGACUUUAAAGAAGAAAGAGGUGUUUGCUGUCUAACGGGGUCUUCUAACCACGUGCACUUAGUCAGUAGGUGAGUAGAUGUUGCUGCUUGUACCUAUCUACGUCCCCAGUUGCUACGUGUGACCACGUGUAUCCCAGCGCCGCGGGCUCUGCCCGGCACCGGGAGGGAUGGGAGGAAGGUUGGAGCCCGCCAAGAGCCGGAGCACCGCUUGUGACUGAUCUGUGAAAAACGUCGUCCGACAUAAUCCCCAACUGUUGACACUUUAUGCAUGUGCUAAUAAAAAAAUAGAGUCAAAUAAAGAUUUUAAGAGGUUCGAGUA